AUGGCGGCAAAUAAUAACAGCGCGAGCACAUCAAACAAACUCUGUUUAAGGCACUUCGGCAUGGAGGAUGAAACAGAGAGAGGAGACCGGUUUUGGAAUACCAACUCCGUAGAGAUGAAGUUCUCUGCGGAGAAAGAAUGGUUGAGGAGGGUUCGUUUCGCAGAAAAUAAACCUAAUUACGGGAUGAGAGACCUUAAUCCCGUGUUGGAAGAGCUCACAGGCAACAAGUUGGAGCUUGUAGGUCCCUUGGUGGAUGGCUUCCUAAAGGAGAUCGGGCUCUCUAUUAAUGCGAAGCUCGCUCGCUCUAGAAUGACCGGUCUUAUGGCGCCUAUCACUCUCUUUAUGCCAUUUCAAAUCUUUAAACAUAUCUGGGUUUUAGUACAAGGCUACGGGGGAAGCGCGGACACAACCAAGAAUGGUGAGAGAAUAACGCUAACUUUCCAAAGGCUCGACACUGCAGAAAAAAUUUGGUCUCCCGCGAGAUUUAAAGGAGAGAAUUUUCUCAAGAAGCGGCACUUCGAGAAAAUCCCCGAGGAUGGUCGCGUGCUUCAAAGUUACAGCGGCAAGUCAAUUGUUGUUGUAACACCAACUACGCCUCUGCAAAUGGUUUAUUCAACAAAACAACAAAGGGUAGUAACCACAUUUUGCGUGCAGCGCUAUGAUCGAGAAGGAUUUGCAAAGGACUCCAAUUUGCAAAAGCUAUUGAAUUUGAACACUAUCUAG